AUGGAAUGUGUAUAUCGGUUAUUACCUACUGUUAACCAGUAUGACUGGGGGAAAUCUAGUGAAAAUUCACUAGUAUAUCAAUUGUUUAAAAACUAUUUAAAGCUUAAAUUGGUGAAGGGUUGGAAUCUUGAUGUUAGCGCCCCCUUUUCUGAGCUUUGGUUAGGCACUCACCCUUCAAGUCCUUCUUCAGUUUUGCCUUCAUGUGAACGGGAUGUUACUUUGGACACUUAUGAGGGGAGUCCUGGUCAUCAAUGCGGUGAUUCUUGUUCCUUUCAGAGUUCCGUCUUAUCUUUUCCAGACCUUUUGAACCAGAUGCAUUCUGACUCAACGGACUCUGAGAGUCGAAAUUUAAAUAUUUUGUUCAAGGUUUUGUCCAUUCAAAAACCAUUAAGUAUUCAAAUGCACCCCGACGAUAAGAGCGCGGCUGAGCUUUUUAGUGCUCGUCACCCUGGAAUUGUGGAUAACUCCUCGAAACCUGAAAUGUGUAUUGCCCUUUCUAAGUUCAAAGCCAUGUGUGGUUUUCGGGAGAUUUCGGAAAUCUUUAAAUUCUCCGAAAAAUACGAUGAGUUUAAAACGUUCUUAGGAAAAGAGCUGACUUCUCGUUACUCCCACUCAGAUCCAAAAACCUUGUACAUCGAAAUCCUAAAAAGAUUUUUUUCCUUAGAAAACCACAGUGAACUGGUAGAGAAGCUCGCAACAAAACUCAAGGGGUUUAGGGACCUGGAACCCGCAGAAACACUAUUUAUUGAACUUUACAAUGCCUAUGGAUCUGAUAAUUGUAUAUUUUUUGCAUUCGUGCUCAACUUCUUUGAACUCGAACCUGGACAAGCUCUUUUUAUACCUCCAAACACAAUGCACUCUUAUGUCUCAGGUGAUUGUGUUGAGAUAAUGAAGUGCUCUGACAACGUGAUUAGAUGUGGACUGACACCUAAGCUGAAGGACACUAAAUUAUGUCUGAGAUUGCUCGAGGAGAAUCUAAAAAACACACCUGCAAAGGACUUUUACGUCACUGGCUUGAAGAUAUCUGACUAUAUCCUCAAAUAUGACCCUCAGGAUCCAGUCUGCAACUUCAUUACCUGGUCAUUUUCCCUAGGCCCUGGAGAUCAAGACACUUUUGUUUCAUCCAAAGAACCCUGUUUAUGCAUAGUUUUGGAUUCAAACUCUGAAGUAAAGUUUAGACUAAACCCUUGUCCCAACAGCGCCACCUCACGACCUAAGGAAACUUUUAUUUCAAAUGUUCGGAUCGGAGACUGCUUUCUCCUACCCCCAUUCACUGAACUAAAUGUUCGAAACGGUCACGGAGUCCACGGCUUUAAAAUGUACAUUUCCUCUGAAAAAUCUUCCAACAAAGUGUAA